CUUCACUCCUACCGGCUAGCAAGGCGGCCCGCAGAAGCCCACGGGGCCGCCGGGCUUGCUUGGGCUUAUAGCCACCGAUCCAGCCGAGGCGUCUCGGCGCAAGCGAGAGCGAGCGAGCGAUGGCGGCGGCGGCGGCGUUGCGGGGGAUCAGGGCGAAGCUGUCGGAGAACCGGGAGAAGGUGAUAAGCGGGCUGCUGCUGGGCUCGUUCGUGGUGCUGGCGGUGCGGUCGUCGGAGCAGCAGCGCGAGCUCGACCACCUGGAGGCCCGCAAGAAGUCCCUCUGCGCCGCCAACUCCGCCAUGGCCUCCGCCAUGUGGGCCUGGAGGGAGGAGCUCUUCGCGCUCGCCGCCUCGCCGGAGCCGCCCAUCACCGCCGCCCGCCUUCGCGACAUCUACGGCGAGGAGGAGCCCGACCUGCCCGCGCCCGAUCUGCCGCCAGGCUCAGAUUCCGAGGAGUCGAUUUCCAUAACAUAAACUCUGUUAGCACUGUCAGAUAGCAAAAUUGGUUCCUGGAGUAAUCUCGCGCCGAGCUGCAAAAGAAAUCUCCAACGACCUAACAUCUGGGACUGUAUUUUCUCGUGGUGCUGCUUUAUAAAUGUUGUACCGUGAGCUGAUAACGGGUCUGGGCAUUUCAUAGACCUUCAAUCCACUUUUUAGUGCCUGCCUGCACACUUUUACAGAUGAAUAAUGUUGAGAUAGUUUUUGUUCUUCAUGUGUAUCUUUGCCUUGUCUGUAAAAGUACUGGUUAGAUUAACAUGGAGGGUGCAAUGUUCCAUGGGGAAUCGCGGAUUGUUUGGCUGAUCCGACUCGUUCCCUUCAGAUUUUCAA